GAAUGCUUUUCGAGUUUUUACUACUUGCAUUAUCCAAGAGGCUGUUCAACAAUGCCUUCGAAAAAUAAAAGGAAGAGAAAAAGUACAAACAAUGACGAGGUUCCGAAUAAGAAGAAUAAAGAAGAGUUUACUGUUAUUCACUUUAAAUUUGAAUUGCGUGAUCCCAACACAACAUUUAAAGCACUUGAAAAGUUUAUAAACGAAGUUAGAAACAAUGAAAGUAAAAAAUACGACUUAGUACAAGAGUAUUGUACGUCGUCCAAGCAAUGUUCUGAAGUUUUAGACUUACUUCAGUUCAAAGGGCGAAAAGAAUCGGAGGUUGCUCUAAUAAUGGAAACUAUAGAAUGUAUAACAGAAAGGAUAAGCACUCACUUGCCUCAUUUGAGCCAAACGGCUCAUGAUGUCUUCAAGCAUCUUUUGAACAAUCAUUGCAAUUUUUUGGUUUCUCUACUCAGAUUCCAGAGUAAAGCUACUCUGGUCAAGUCCAUUCUUAACGUAUUUCGAUACUGUAUUGAAGAUAAUGAAAAAUCACUUCGUGAACUAAUAGUAAAAUUUGAUUGGAAUAAUAAGAAUUUAACGCAACUACUUACCAGAAGAAAUAUAAAAGAUCAAGAAGAUGUCAGAGCAGUGUACAUAAAACUCGUUAUGACUGUUUUAGAAAAAGCUGAAAAUGAUGAUUUGAAAACUUUUUUACAAGCUCAAAAUGUUAUAAUUCCAUUAUUUGAUGAUAUAAAGACGGAUACUGUUGAGACAAUUGAAUUGAUAUGUAGAACGCUUAAUGAAAAGAUUAUUAUGAACCCAUUUCUUGGGAAGAGUGAUAAAAUACGAAUCAUACGUGAAAAGGUUCUUAAUGGAUUAUUAAAGUGCUUUAAAUGGACUGGACCUGCAGGAUUUAAAAUAUCAUUUGGCCAAAAACUAAAGAUGAAAGAAACAGCAGCUGCUACCGAGAUGGAUACUUCUGAAAAAAUACCUGUCAAUCAGGAAGAUUUGGAGAAAGUAACUAAAUUUGUUCUUGAUUUCAUGAUUAAUGUAUGUACUAGCAUUAAAAAUGGAAUUAUAUUUUUUGAUCCAAAUUUUGGGACCUCUACGACCAAUAAAAACCACUUGAUGACAGGUGUUCUUAAGUCUUUGUACCGUGAUCAGGAAAUAUGCAGAGAUUUAAUAUGUAAAAUAUUAGAGGCUUGUCCUGAUCAACUAAUGUGGUAUUUGAUAUCCUUUAAAAGUAUUAUAACUCCUAGGGAUUUAGAGAAGUGGCAUAACUUGAUAGACUUGGUUCAAAAGAUAUAUGAUACACAACUAUCAUAUUCUCCGUGCUUAAAGAAAAUUGAUAUCAGUAACAAAGAAGAGAUUUUACCUCUCCUCUCAGCUACUCUAUUUCCUCCCAAAGAGUUAUGGAAAAGUUUAACAGAAAAUAUAAAAAAUGCUCCUUUGAAAGUUCGUCAUAAGAUUAUUAAAUUAUUCAAUUGUUGCAUUAAGAGAAGUUUGAAUAGCGUGGCCAAAAUUAAAUCAGAAAAUCUACCUGAGGAAAUAAAACAUGAUUUGGAUUUAAGUGCUAAAGAAGAACUUUUUGGAUUUGCUAUUCCUGUUGAUACGCUUAUGUCACUAUGGGGCUUGACAAUUGAUAAUUUGACUGCCAUGCAAAAACAAGAGCAAAAGGAGGAAAAUAAAGAAGAACCUGUAGAAGAGUAUAUUACCACCUUACUGGAAACUUAUUCAAAUUAUUAUGAAUUUUAUUCAAAUAUGAUCGAGGUGAAACCGUUUGAUAUAUCAGGUCUUCUUGAUGGAAUAAAGAAAGUUGAGGAAGUAUGUGGAAAUAAAUCAGAAAACAUAGAAUUUAAACUUGUACAGUUAUUAUCCAAAUAUCAAUAUUUCUCAUGGUUUAAAAUGACUGGUAAAAAGACUACGUUAUUCCUUCUUCUGGAAAUUUGUCAAUCAUUUGGAAAAUAUAAAGAGUCUGAGACUUCCUUAGCGUACGGUUGUAAAACUGUCGUUCACGAGUUAUUUAUGAGGACUGAGAUUUUCUUUGAACAUGCAACUGAGCUGGAUAUCUGGCUAAAUUCUCUACAAUCAACUCAUGAUCGAAAAUAUCAUGAUACAAUUUUAUCAUUUGUUGAGAAAGUAUUUACUAAAGUAUUACGAAAUCCUUUCUUGUAUAACGAUGUUGUAACUGAAUUAAUGGAAGAGUUUAGUUAUGAUGACGAUGAAACUAGUAGCAGAAUCGAUCCAAUUGAAGAAAUUUUGGAAAAUGAUGAAAUGGAACUAACGUCAUCGGUCAAUACCGAAACAAGUUGUGUACCCUUUUCACCGCUGUUGCCAGCUGCAUUCGAAGUUUUAAAAGAAGAAAAAUAUAGCAAAAAGGUCCAAAAAUUUUUGAAUUCUAUCAUUUGCUGUCAUCUUGCUACAACUAAAAAUCCAGAGAAAUUAUGUUAUUUGUUAAAUCUACAUGAAUCAUUCUUAAAAUCUUCAAUCCUAAGAAGUGCUGUUUCAACUUUUUCAAAAAAACACAAAUCCGAUGAAAAUGGGCAAGAUGAAAGAGAGGACAUCACACCUACUUUACCUCAAUUUGCCGCACAAGUGUUUGAAUGUCUAUCUAGCGAAAAAUUCGAUGACUUGAAAGAAUAUGAAGAUUCAAAUUUCAACUCCGUUGAAGAGAUAGCUUGGGGGCUUCAACAAAUUAUUCAAUUAAUUACAUAUUAUAUUCGGAAAGGAUUAAAUGGAAAAAAGCUUAAGAAAUCAAUGAAAAAGAUUGCUUCAUUGUUCAAAGUUUUGAAUGAAUUAGUGAAAACUUUCAUGAAGGCAUCUGAAAACAUUGAUUUGAAUGGUAAUAAACAAUGGAUAUUCACUGACCUGAAGAGCUACUUGGAGCAUGAGGAUAUAAUUCAAAAUUUCUUAUAUAGUAAAAAUGAUUUGCAACUUGUUGAACUUGUUACCAUAUCUACUGCAGAAAUAUUGAAAGUUUUGAUACCAGAAAAGAGAGCUCGCUUUCUUUUUAAUGCAUUUAUUGUGAAAUUAGAGAAUGUUGAAGAUUUUAGGCUAGAUUCACGGUUAGCUAUACAAGUCUAUCGUGAUACAGGGAAAUUUCUAUCUGUCAAAGCUCUUCAAACUGUGCUGGAGAAAUCAAUGAACGUUGAAAAAGAUAGCUUUGGAGAAUUUUUUCAAUUAUUGGAGAACUAUAUAGCCAGAUCUCAGAAUGAUGAGAUUACUAUAUCUAUAUGUGGAGAGAGCUUAGCGAGAAUUAUUAAAGAAGUAUUCAAGGAACAAAAUAAUUUAAUUGAAAAAGGAGAAACUCUGUUCAACAUUAUGAAUCUUUCUCCACACUUAUUCCAAAAUAUUAUAGAUAAAGAUGGUAAAUUUCUUAAAGAUAUUCUCAAUUUAAAGGUUAAAAAACUGGAAGUUAUAUGCAUUAAUAUACUGAAACGUCUAUGUGAAUUGUCAACGGAGUUUAUUGAAUGCUUUGAAAAUAUUUAUUCUGACUUUCUAGAAGCUAAGAAGUCAAAAAAGUUUGUUUUUACUUUGUGCAGUAGUUACUGUCAAGAAGAAUCAAUUGAUGAUAAAGUGAAAGAAACCGUUGUUGAAUUUCAUAACAAAGAAUUUAAACAAUUAAUUAAAACUGAGUCUGGAAAAUUUGACUACGAAGAUAUGAAGAACUUGGCUAGUAUUGCGCGCUAUUCAGGCGAAAAGGAGAAACUUUAUGGAAAAUUAAUAAAAUGGCUAAAUAAGAGUAGAGAACCAGAUGAAGCAAUUGAAGUUCUAUUGGAGUUUGCCAAUGAGGAUGUUAAAUAUUUGUGUGAAAUUUUGAUGCAUUUAAUUUCGAUGUCCCAAGAAAGAGAUGUUAAUCUUUCAAUCGACAAAACUUUGACUGUUCUAAUAGAAAUUAUAGAUAAAAAAGGAUGCUCUCUUGAAAUUAUUCGUUCUCAUAUGUCGGACAUUUCUUCUUUUAUUUGCUCCGGAUUUUAUCCUCCAAAAAUAGUGCAAUUUCUAACAAAAUGUUUAAAGGAUGAAAUGGAGCCAGAGCUUAAGAAAGAUUUAGAAUUACCUUUUGCAAAUUUGUACAAAUAUAUUCUAAAUUCACAAGAAUUCUUGGAAAUGCUGGACAACAAUACCGGAAAGACUUUCAACGAUUUAAUUCAUUUGUUGUUUAUUCUGUCAAACAACUUAUCAUCUGAUUGUUAUGAACAGUCUCAUGUUAACAUUUUUUUGCGUUCUUAUACAGCGACAUUAUUAUUAACAGAUAGAAGAAUACUGUAUAUUAUUGCUAAAUAUGAGAUGAGUGGUGUUGAUUUUUCAAGAAUAAGACCAUUACUAUGGGGCCGCAAAGGAGAUAUUUUAAAGGAGGAUAGUAAUAAAAAAACGCUUAAGAAGACACCAUAUGCAUCCCAAGUUUUGCAAUUACUGGAUGAAGAGAUUUUACAAUACAGCUGUGUAAACUUUCCAUUGCAGAGAAACCUUCAGGAUAUUGUAAACGAAAUUCCGAUGAAAAUUAGGAAUGAAGACAUUAAUAACAAAGUGUAUGAUCCAGGGUUUUUGUUGCCAUUGUUUGUGAAUGUCUUAGGCGCUGAAAAUGUUGUAAAUUGUAAAGACUUCAUUCUAAAAGGAUGUCUCUCAUACUUAACUUCUGCUUUAAGUAAUCACAAAGAAUCAACUAGGAAUUGUGCUUACUCGGCCUUAUCUCUAUUUUAUGGGCAUUUAACGAAUGAAAGAUUUGCAGAAAAAAAGCAUAUUAUGCAUUUAUUAGAUGUUAUUAAAAAUUCUACAACUAAGGCGAAUGAAAAAAUACCUUGUAUAAUUACAAGAUUUUUAUCAAUUGCUGGAACAACGAUGUUUAAUCAUGGCGAUCCGAUUUAUUCAAGAAUUCAAGCUUUUAUAUUACAUAGCGAAAAGAUGGAUUUAAAUGAAAUUCCAAUGUUUUUCAGUACUUUUCAUGGUGCAAAAAAUAAUCGUGAACGCAAAUGGGCUUUACAACUGUUAGAGGAAGGGAUGCGCGAAACGAGUGAUUUCCGUUUAUUUGACAAAAGACACGGAGUGGGGAUGCUUCUUUCUUUUCACGAUACUCCCAGUAUAUGUGACACUUCUUGUCGGAAACACGUCAUAAGAACUCUUCUCAAUAUCUGCUCUAAUUCGAAGCGAACCGUAACGGUUCUUUUGAAGGACUACGCUCUUAUAUCAUGGAUUGGUAGGAAAUUAGCAACCGAAGACGAUCUAGAAUAUAUAUCUAUUUUUCAGGCAAUUUUUAACUCUUGUUUUUUUGAUGAUCAAUCUCCUUCAUUAUAUGUAUUAGGAGGACUUUUCACAGCUAUUUUGGAGCCGUUAAAUUCAUCACGAAAAUUAACGGACGAAAUUUAUAUUUCACAAUAUUGCAGCUCUUUUGAAAAGCUAUUAGAAUUAAGCGAUAAAACUAAAUUAAAUGAUUUAUUUAUACCGCAACAAAUCAAUCAAUCUUUAGAAAAAAUUCCAGACUUUGGAAAUUCUCUAAAAUUGAAAGAAUCUAUGUAUAAUAUAUGUAAAAAAUGGGGUAUAAAUAUAUAG